AUGAACGGCCAUGUAGAUAACAGCACCUAUGUCAUCCCCGACACCUUAUUAGGUUCCCGGCGACCGAUCAAGGUCAUCGUCAUUGGCUUUGGUUUUACCGGUAUCAAUAUUUCCUACGUUCUCGGCCGUCAAACCAAAAAUAGCAAUAUCACAUUGCAGUUUUAUGAUAAGAACCCGGAACUCGGUGGUACAUGGUUUGAAAAUACGUUAGAGCCCCUAUAUCCUUUCUUUUCCGAACCUUGGGCGACGAUAUUGACUCAUAGGAUACAAACAGAUAUCCUGGAUGUCGAUGCGAUGUGUAAACUUCCAGUUUUCGUGGCAUCCAAACCCAGCGUGGACAAGCUAGAGAUUUUAGCUUAUUUACGUGAUGUAGUUUCACAUCACGAUCUCGACUCCAAUGUGAAAUUGAACCACCGUGUCACUGGUGCUUGGUGGGAGCAAGAUAAAGGUCGGUGGAAAGUUAAGAUUCAGCCCAACGAUGACCCCGGCUCUGCGUUUUAUGACUAUUCCGAAAUCUUGAUCAACGCUACUGGGGUGCUGAACAAGUGGAAAUGGCCGGAUAUCCCUGACCUUGAGAAGUUUAAGAAUAAGGUGCAUUCGGCCGCUUGGGAUCAUUCGAUUGAGCUUACCGAUAAGGAUGUUGGAAUCAUCGGAAACGGGAGCAGCGCCGUUCAGAUUCUAACUUCUAUAUUUGACAAAGUGAAACACAUCGAUAACUUCCUACGCUCACCUACCUGGGUCACGACAGGAAUGGCCGUCAAGUACGCCAGCAACGACACUCCGAAUUUCAAAUUUAGCGAAGAGCAAAAGAGGAUCUUUGCCGAGAAACCAGAAGAGUAUCUCGCGUACCGAAAGGCUGUUGAAAUGGAGAUGAACCCGGACUUCUCUAUCGCGAUUAAAGGGACCAAGAAGCAGCUAGAACUUGCUGAGUUUGCAAAGAAGGAGAUGCAACGCAAGCUGGUAGCAAAGCCUGAACUGGCUGAGAAGUUAAUUCCUCCAGAUUUCGCCGUAGGCUGUAGGAGACCCAUACCAGACAACGGAUACCUCAAGGCACUCACAAGCGAAAAAUGCAAUGUAACUUUCUCCAGAAUAGUCGAAGUUACGGAGCAAGGAGUCACUACAGAGGAUGGAGUGAACCACAAGCUGGAUGUGCUAGUAUGUAGCACCGGCUUCGACGUGUCGUUUAGGCCUAGGUUCCCGAUCAUCGGGAAAGACGGCAUAGAUAUGAGGGAGAGCUUCAAAGACUCCCCGCAAACGUAUCUGAGCACCAUGGCUCCCGACUUUCCCAAUUACUUCAUGGUGGUCGGGCCAUUCGGUCCCUACGGUCACGGCUCCAUCAUCCCUGCUAUGGAGGCGCUCACGAGACACGUCGCCCUGGUGCUCGAGAAGUUCCAGACGCAGAACAUCAAGUCGCUAGUGCCCAAGAAAGACGCAGUGGCCGAGUUCAGGCAGCACCAGGAGCUGUACAUGAAGAGGACGAUCUGGAACGCGCCGUGCAGGUCGUGGUUCAAGCUGGGCCCGCGGGGUGAGCAUAUCAUGAUGUGGCCGGGCAGCCGCCUUCACAGCUUCGAUAUCUUGUUGAACCCGCGCUGGGAGGACUACGAGUGGGAGUAUCUAUUGGGAAAUAGAUUCAGCUACUGGGGAAAUGGGUUCACCACGGCAGACCUUGAGGAUGAGGGGACUGACAAGGCGUGGUACAUUGCAGGCAUUUGA